AUGACCCACCAAUGGAAGGUGGCAGAUUACAUCCAAGAGAUGAACCACUUGGAGAAGCUCAUCCAGCAGCAUCCUGGUGGUCCAUUGAUCCAGACCAUGACUGUUUCUUUGUGCACCAAGUUGAAGUCAUCUUCAAAUUGGACCAGCCAAGCCAUUCUGGAGAUGGUGCAGAAGAUCCAGGACUCUGGGCUUCCAGACGACAAGAAGAAGGCCAUCCAAGAUGCCAUGGAUGCCAUUGGCCUCAAUGAAGGAAGCCACCUCCAGGUAGUGAUGGCAGGGCAGCACAUUGAAGGGUUUUCCAAUUACAUCUCCAAGAAAGAUUGGAGCAGGAUGGAGGAAGCACCCAAAAACACAGUGCAUACCAUGUCCAUCCUAGCCCAGAGAUUGAGGGCCAUGGGAGUUGCUUCCAUGAAGGAAGCUACCAAGAAGCAAGCCACAUCAGUGGUUCUGUACCUUCUGGUCCACAAAGGUGGUGAGCUACAGCCAGGGCCAGAUGCAAGAAAGAGGUUGGCCAAUGGAUUUGGCACAGUUUUUGCUGGUGCCACUCCAGGAGCAAUGCCAGGGAUGUCCAAGUAUCCAGCCAACCCUAUGGAAUUGGGAAGCCAGUGGGUAAUACUCAGAGGCACCCACAAUGACUUGAGAACACCAUCGCCAAGCUCCAGCUCCAUGCCUUCCACUCUGGCCCAGCAGCCACAAGCAUUCCCAGGUGAAGCUAUGCUUGCAAGCCUCACCAAUUUGCUCACCACAUUUGUUCCACAUUCACCAUUGCUGGGAGCAAACCAGCAAAAGGCUUUGCCUGCCCCUGCAGCAAGCCCAGCACAUCCAGUCCCAAAGAACAUUCCUACUCCUCAGACCAGCCCUGCACCAUUGCCAUUGGUCAGCAAGGCUGAGACAGCUCCUUCUGCUGAGGGGGCGCCAGAGAUUGCUCCUGAGGCCAUGCUUAGCAUUUCCUAUUUCAUUUAG